CCUUGCUUUUGCCCCACAGCCUCCAGAAGCCAGAUGAUGGAGGAGCGCGCCAACCUGAUGCACAUGAUGAAACUGAGCAUCAGAGUCUUGCUGCAGUCCGCCCUGAGCCUGGGCCGCAGCCUGGACGCGGACCACGCCCCCUUGCAGCAGUUCUUCGUGGUGAUGGAGCAUUGCCUCAGACACGGGCUGAAAGUUAAGAAGAGUUUUAUUGGCCAAAAUAAGUCUUUCUUUGGUCCUUUGGAGCUGGUGGAGAAACUUUGUCCAGAAGCCUCAGAUAUAGCUACUAGUGUCAGAAAUCUGCCAGAACUAAAGACGGCGGUGGGGAGAGGCCGAGCUUGGCUCUAUCUUGCCCUCAUGCAAAAGAAGCUGGCAGAUUAUCUGAAAGUGCUGAUAGACAAUAAGCAUCUCUUAAGCGAGUUCUACGAGCCUGAGGCGCUGCUCAUGGAAGAAGAAGGGUCAGUGCUCGUCGGGCUGCUGGUGGGACUCAAUGUCCUGGAUGCCAACCUCUGCCUGAAAGGAGAAGACUUGGAUUCCCAGGUUGGAGUAAUUGAUUUCUCCCUCUACCUUAAAGAUGUGCAGGAUCUUGGUGGUGGCAAAGAGCAGGAAAGAAUUACCGACGUCCUUGAUCAAAAAAAUUAUGUGGAAGAGCUGAACCGGCACUUAAGCUGCACAGUUGGGGAUCUUCAGACCAAGAUAGAUGGCUUGGAAAAAAUGAACUCAAAGCUUCAAGAAGAGCUUUCAGCUGCCACAGACCGGAUUUGUUCACUUCAGGAAGAACAGCAGCAGUUACGAACACAAAACGAGUUGAUUCGGGAGCGGAGUGAGAAGCGGGUGGAGAUAACCAAACAGGACACCAGAGUCGAGCUGGAGACCUACAGACAGAGCCGGCAGGGCCUGGACGAGAUGUACAGCAAUGUGUGGAAGCAACUGAAGGAGGAGAAGAAAGUGCGGCUGGAACUAGAAAAAGAACUGGAAUUACAAAUCGGAAUGAAAACUGAAAUGGAAAUCGCCAUGAAGUUACUGGAAAAGGAUACCCACGAGAAGCAGGACACGCUUGUUGCGCUGCGCCAACAGCUGGAAGAGGUCAAAGCGAUCAAUCUACAGAUGUUCCACAAAGUCCAGAGUGCAGAGAGCAGCUUACAGCAGAAGAAUGAAGCCAUCACGUCUUUUGAAGAAAAGACCAGUCAAGUUCUGUCCAGCAUGAAACAGAUGGAGGAGCGGUUACAGCACUCGGAGAGAGCGAGGCAGGGUGCGGAAGAGCGGAGCCACAAGCUGCAGCAAGAGCUCAGCGGGCGGGUCGGCGCCCUGCAGCAGCAGCUUUCGCAGCUGCAGGAGCAGUGUUCAAGUUUAGAGAAAGAGUUGAAGUCAGAAAAAGAGCAAAGACAAGCUCUUCAACGAGAAUUACAACAUGAGAAAGAUGCUUCCUCUCUGCUCCGGACAGAACUUCAACAGGUAGAAGGACUAAAGAAGGAGCUGCGGGAGCUCCAGGAAGAGAAGACGGAGUUGCAGAAGGUCUGUGGUGAACAAGAACAAGCUCUGCAGGAAAUGGGCCUGCACCUCAGCCAGUCCAAGCUGAAGAUGGAAGAUAUAAAAGAAGUAAACAAGGCCCUGAAGGGCCACACUUGGCUGAAGGAUGAUGAAGCCACACACUGCAGGCAGUGUGAGAAGGAGUUCUCCAUCUCACGGAGAAAGCACCACUGCCGGAACUGUGGCCACAUCUUCUGCAACAGCUGCUCCAGCAGCGAGCUGGCCCUGCCCUCCUACCCGAAGCCAGUGCGGGUGUGCGACAGCUGCCACACCCUCCUGCUGCAGCGCUGCUCCUCCACCACCUCCUGAGGCCACCCUCCCACCAGCGCUGCCUGUCCCGUGCCAAACUGGACCUCCCAGCUCACCAGGGUGUGCGUGGGGCUGGUUUCCAGACAGCCAAGUGGACUCAGCUCCUCCUGGUGCCCGACACCCUGGAAGCCCACCCAGCGGUGGAGCAGCCCCUCCUGUGGUUUGUAGGGAACCCGCCCUGCGGGCUGCACUGCCUCCUUGCUUGGGCACAGCACUGGCACUGGUCCAGAUGUGACUUCAUGGUUUUGCUACUAUCACUUUUCACAGAAUUACCCUAUUUUGCAGCAGGUGAACUAGCAUCGAGUCAGGUUUUCUCUUCCAGCCCGUGUCACAACUUGCACACUCAGCUUGCGGGUGCCUUGUAUCUCAGAGGCAAGACUUGACCUUCCUUGUUUUUGAGCCCCUGCCCUGAGCCCUGAAAUAAAUGCCUUUAUUUUUCACUUUGG